AUGAAGAUUGGGGAAAAACAGAAAGGCCCUGUCAUGAAGGCUGUGAUCUGGCUUUCAGGAAGCACUCGUCCAGUUUACUUUUGGGACGAGCGUCCUGUUUCUUGGCUGGCCAUUCGAUGUUCAGAUGAUUCUGAAUGGGAAGUUAAAAUACCUUCAGAGGACACAACUGACGCACAUAUCAAGUACAGUGUCAGCUCCUCUGAAGGGCAGCAUGAAUGUUCAGAGACUGGCAUCCGCUGGCGGUCUGACAGUGACGUCAGUUUGGAGUAUCGGUUUGUUGACUGGAAAUCACUCAGUAAAGAUAUUAUGAAGAAAUACAAACCAUGUGGACCUUUGAUGGACAUCACUGUAACCUCUGGCACACUGGAGGAAAUUCAGCUACCUCACUUUGCCUGUGUAGAUUUUGAAUCUUCCUCAGAUGAUGCAGUGAAAGCUCUUCAUGUAAAGGACGGCACUGUUUCAUUGGAAAGAUGUGAAUUAAGCAGAUUCCAUGCCAAGCUUCUCAAUCCCACCUUCUCAUUCUUGGCAAUUGUUGUAGAGGUGCAACAGUACCUCACCAUGAAAUUUCACUGUGAAACUUUGAUUUAUCGCAACAGAAUAUCUCCUCUUAACCUUCAUGUGUACCUGAUUUUAAAGGAUAAAAGACUUAAGAAGAAAGUGGAGGAGAAGGAGACAAAUAAUAUGGAGAUUUUAAAACCAACUCCAGAUGAAGCCCUUAAAAUCGAUGACAGUUACACCCUGAAGACAUCUGGUGGCUCCAAAAUCAAACCUUCGAGUUUAAAACUGACACCCAACAAGACCAACUUCUUUGAUUUACACAUUCAAGAUGCAAAUGAACCAAUUGAACUCUGUAUAAUGACAAAAGAGGGCCAACAGAUAUGGGAAGUUAAUAUCGAAUCAGAUGAAUUCAACAUAGACAGUUCAGCAUCUGAAUGGCGGCAGGCGACCUCUUCAACCAUGAAUAGAUCCUCGCUAAUUUUUCAAUGGAUGCGCCGCCUGUUAGAGAAUAUGGGACACUCAGCUCGCGCUCGUUUUGAAACGCCUCUUCUGCCAUCCACAAGUGAGCUGAUGAGACUUCGGCUCGGUCGCACAGUUCAGGGGCACGAUGCUGGUCUGACAGGUCAUGGGUCUGCAGAGACUGACACGGCACAGAAACAAGAAAGAUGCAAAAGUGGUGAAGGCGCUGAGUUUGUGGAGAAGCACAGGACAGAGUUGAUCAGACGGGUCUCACUGGUGGAGCCCAUCGCAGACGACAUGAAACCUCUGAUCGGCGACGAAAAAUACCUAACCAUCUUAAACUCAGAAACACCGCAAGACAAAAUGAGAAAGCUUCUGAACUUUCUCACGACAACUAAACUGAAAGAUAAACUUUACCAAAGUCUUUUAAAAAAUGAGCGCUUCCUUGUUGAAGAGUUGGAGUAUUCUGAGUAGUUGCUCUUCCAAGCAUCAAAAGAAUGAAUUCAUUAUGGUUCAUUAUUAUUUUACAGCAGACAGGUCAUUAAUAAUAUAAUGUGGCCUGGGGUAUAAUAAAGCCCAGUGAAGCCGUGGUUUACAGUGAAUUUAUAACAGCUAAGGGGCGUUGUUAGGUACGACGCGAAGCGGAGUGCUAAAAGGAAUUAUACAUUUCAUUAACUUGUUUGCAUGUGUUUUGUAACUUGUAGCUUAUUUUACAUAUGUACUGAAAACUAAUUCAUUUUUGUUGUUGUUCUUGAGGGAUUCAUAGUGUUGCAUAUUUCUGAGUUACACACCUGUUCCCAUUUUUUUCCAUUUAUUAUUGGAGGGUUGUCCCCCCCUAAAAUUAUGAUUAA